GAACCACGUGCGACGAAUUCUCGCAACGUUUGAAAACACUGAUGAAACAAAGAUGCGCAGAGGAUUUUUUUUGAAAUACGUUUGACGUUGAUUCGGCCAAAAUUGAUUUAAGACAGACAGAACUGUCACAGUGUGCCCAGGAGCCUUAUUCGCGACCAUGUUUCACAACAGCUCUCAGAAGAAAUUCUGGACUUUUGAUAAUGAGGAAACCUUAGAAAAAUUAAGACUAGAGGCAAAUCAGAAGUUCUGCUCGAAAGCCCUGUCCAGUGCAAAACCUGGAAUAAAUGAAUCCAUGUUUCUCAAUGAACGGGAAGAGAAAGUGCUUUUCAGACACUAUGAGAAGAGAUUGCUAGAUUUUUGCACCAUGUUCAAGCCUGCAAUGCCAAAAUCUGUUGUGGGCACAGCUUGUAUGUAUUUUCGACGAUUCUAUUUGAACAACUCUUUAAUGGAGUAUCAUCCUCGGACAAUAAUGUUGACAUGUGCAUAUCUGUCCUGUAAAGUGGAUGAGUUUAAUGUGUCCAGCACUCAGUUUGUGGGGAACCUUCAGGAAAGCCCUGCGGGACAGGAGAGGGCUCUGGAACAGAUUCUGGAGUAUGAACUGCUCCUUAUCCAGCAGCUCAAUUUCCAUCUGGUGGUUCACAAUCCAUAUCGACCCUUGGAGGGCUUUUUUAUUGACUUGAAGACCAGAUACCCAUUGUUGGAGAACCCAGAGGUGUUGAGAAAGAGCGCUGAAGACUUUCUCAACAGAGCAGCAAUGACAGAUGCAGGGCUUCUCUUCUCUCCAUCUAAGAUUGCCCUCACCGCCGUCCUCAACAGUGCUGCACGUGCUGGCCUCAAGAUGGAGGCAUAUUUGACUGAAUGCAUGGGGCUUAAGGAGGACAAAGAGACCCUCUCAAAGAUGUAUGAUUCAAUGAGACGAAUAACGGGUCUUAUUAAAGCGUAUGAGCUUCCCAAAGCUGAGGAGGUCAAUACCUGCAAACAGAAGCUGGAAAGGAUUCAUGCUGAAUUUGCCUUAAACUUGAAAAGAAAACACGGAUAUGAAGAUGACGAUCAUGUUGUGAAAAGGCAGAUGGUUACUGAAGAAGAGUGGACCGAUGAGGAUUUGGACGCAUUGUGACAAGACGCUUUCUCCGUUCGUUUUUUAAAGCAGCAACAUUGCUAUUUCAUGAACAGAGUUCACUGACAGAGGAUGCAUUCAUAAUCCAGAUUGUAAAUAUUUCAGCAAAAAUAAGUUGUCAUGUGAACCUUUUUCUUCAUUGAAAAUAAAAUAUAAUAGUACAAGUU